AUGGAUAUUCCUGAUGGUGUUGAAGCUGCUCCUGAUCAGGUCUGUAAACUCCAAAAGAGCUUAUAUGGCUUGAAACAAGCCAGUAGAAAGUGGUACGAAAAACUGACUCAUCUUCUCAUCCAGCAAGGCUACUCUCAAUCUACCUCAGAUUAUUCUCUUUUUACUCUCAAGAAUGAUGGUGAUUUUACUGCUCUCCUUGUGUAUGUCGAUGACAUAAUCAUAACAGGCAAUUCUCUGACUGAAUUCUCUAGAAUCAAAGCCAUAUUAGAUGUCAAUUUUAAGAUUAAAGAUCUAGGAAUUCUCAAGUAUUUUCUCGGAUUGGAAGUUGCCCAUUCUAAAAAUGGCAUUUGUAUUUCCCAAAGAAAAUACUGCUUAGAUCUUCUUGCAUCAUCGGGGCUUCUGGGAUCAAAACCUGCCAAUACUCCUCUUGAUCCAUCUACAAACCUUCAUCAAGAUGACAGUCCUCCCUUUGAAGAUAUUUCCACAUAUAGAAGGAUCAUUGGGAAACUUCUGUAUUUAAACACUACAAGACCCGAUAUUUCCUUAGCUACACAACAACUCAGUCAGUUUCUAAAUUCACCUACUAUUACUCAUUUCAAAGGAGCUUGUAGGGUGAUAAGAUACUUGAAACAAAAUCCUGGAAAAGGCAUUUUGUUCCCUAGAAAUUCAAACAUCCAAAUCCAAGGAUAUGUGGAUGCUGACUGGGCAGGAUGUCAUGAUUCAAGAAGAUCUACUACAUGCUUCAUCUUCUUCCUAGGAGAUUCCCUUGUAUCAUGGCGUGCAAAGAAGCAAGCUACCAUUUCAAGAUCUUCUUCUGAAGCAGAGUACCGUGCCUUGUCUACAGCAGCUUGUGAACUACAAUGGCUCCUUUAUCUUUUAAAGGAUUUAGAUAUUACAUGUGACAAGCAGCCAGCACUGUACUGUGACUCUCAAAGUGCUAUUCACAUAGCAUCUAAUCCAGUGUUUCACGAGAGGACAAAACAUCUAGAAAUAGAUUGUCAUUUUGUUCGAGAAAAGGUGCAAAAGAAUGUUCUUAUGCUCAUGCCAAUAUCCACUCAAGAACAGCUCGCUGAUUUUUUAACAAAGGCUCUUGCUCCACCAAAGUUUAGAGAUUUCAUAGCCAAGCUUGGUAUGAUUGACAUAUAUCAUAGUCAAGCUUGUGGGAGAGUGUUGAGAGAUGAAGUAAAGAACUGA